UGCCGAGUAUCUGGCUACAGCCAAAGAGAGUGAGUGUGUGUGUGUGUGUCAGUGUUUAGUAGUUCAGUCUUAAAUUCCGUUCGUCUCUCAACCAGCGGAUUCCCCGAGGAGAAACCCCAACGAAAUUAAACCCCAAUUUCAUUCUUCACCGGCGUAAUCCCCUUCUUGCGUCGUUUGUUGUACUAUACCCUGAUUGGAGAGAUUCAGCAUUUGUGGAAGAGUGGAGAGCCAAAUGAUGUGGAUAAUGAGAUCGAUUCGGCGGCCGCUCGUCCAAUUUCACUCUGCGGCGAGCUUUUCUUCUUCCGCGGCGGCGGUGGAGGCGGAUAGAUGCGUUAGAGAAGGAGCCAGGAAUGAUUGGAGGAGAGAAGAAAUUAAGGACAUCUACGAUUCCCCUGUCCUCGAUCUCCUCUUCCAUGCUGCUCAAGUUCACAGACAUGCUCACAAUUUCAGGGAAGUGCAGCAGUGUACUCUUCUCUCCAUCAAGACUGGUGGUUGUAGUGAAGACUGUUCUUAUUGCCCUCAGUCGUCCAGAUACAGCACUGGCGUGAAAGCACAAAAGCUUAUGAAUAAAGAUGCCGUUCUCGAGGCAGCAAAAAAUGCAAAAGAGGCUGGCAGCACUCGCUUCUGUAUGGGUGCUGCAUGGAGAGACACCAUAGGAAGGAAAACCAAUUUCAGCCAAAUCCUCGAUUAUGUUAAAGAAAUAAGGGGUAUGGGGAUGGAGGUUUGCUGCACUUUAGGGAUGCUGGAGAAGCAGCAAGCUCUAGAACUGAAGAAGGCAGGACUUACGGCUUACAACCAUAAUCUCGACACUUCGAGAGAGUACUACCCUAACAUCAUAACUACUAGGACCUACGACGAACGUCUGCAAACUCUAGAGCAUGUUCGUGAUGCCGGCAUCAAUGUCUGUUCAGGAGGGAUAAUUGGGCUCGGCGAAGCAGAGGAAGACAGAGUUGGUUUGUUACAUACAUUGGCAACUCUCCCUGCACACCCUGAGAGUGUUCCCAUUAAUGCACUCCUUGCAGUAAGCGGCACACCCUUGGAAGAUCAAAAGCCAGUUGAAAUAUGGGAGAUGAUAAGGAUGAUUGCAACGGCACGUAUUAUCAUGCCAAAGGCAAUGGUUAGGCUUUCUGCUGGUAGGGUCCGUUUCUCGAUUCCCGAGCAGGCACUUUGCUUUCUUGCCGGUGCAAAUUCCAUCUUCACAGGAGAGAAGCUUUUGACAACUCCUAACAAUGAUUACGAUGCUGAUCAAACGAUGUUUAAGCUCCUCGGACUUAUUCCUAAAGCUCCCGAUUUCUCCCAGAAUUUAACCGAACCUCAAAAUGUCGAAAUGGCAGCUUCGAGUUCUGGUUGAAAAAGGUAAUUUCUUCUUCCCCUGUGAGAUCCUUUUUAAUCUGGAAAUUUAUUUAACCUAUUUAAAGACAUUUUUUUUUUCUUUUUCAUUUUGUGAACUUGUCAUGAAGCUGUAGCUGUACAAUAAUAUUGUUAAAAUUUGUCAUCCUAAAAUUUGCUAUGUACUAGUAUGCUUGCUAUUAUCAAGAUAUAUGUUUUAUA